AUGUUUUGUAAUUCUUUAAUAAGAUUGUAUUUAGUGGCUCUUUUUCCCUCAAUUACUUUCCCAUCAUCUGAUUUGGUUUUGAUUAAUAACACGAUUUGGGAUCGAAGCUUAACUAGGACUUAAGCAGUGCUGCAAGGGGAGGAGCUUGCCCGUGAACCCCAAGUGCUAUUGAGUUCGAAGCCGAAGGAAAGGAACGAUCAUCUUGCUUGUUCAAAAGCCAAUUGCAAGGAAACAAUUUUGCUUGGCCCAAAAUAUGCUGCAGCAAUGUCAUUCUCCAAAAGAUCCGUUUUCACACUGUCCGCGGGGAACUUUUCCGAUGGCCAAAGUCUGCGUGGGGCAUACGGAGGCUCAGGUCUUGACCUGGACUCUCAAGUCCAAAAUAGCUGGACCACCACAGCAGGUUCGGCCGCGUUCCAGUCAGUAAACCAGAUUCAGACAUCCCUGGUCCAAGAAGCCAUGGCUCAGUCGUGUCACCAGUUUCUCCACGGAGCUGUGAACUUGGAUGGAGCACACUUGAGUUCCUUCCAGGUUCCUCAGGUCACCGCGUGCCCCUUCGACGCUUCAGGUCGAAAAGAGGAUCCAUCCUAUUUUACGCUGGACUCGACAGGGCAAGUCAGGCAGCCUCUCGAAUUAUCAGCCUUCAGACUAAUGAGAGAUAUGGGCUCUCUGAAAGGCACAGGACCAAUUAAUGACAACCAGCGUUCAGAACCGUCCUUUUACCCCGGACACAAACACUCGUCACUUAACACCGACACGGACGGCAAUCCUGACAAUCCUCUGCAGUCUUUCCACUCGCAACGUUUGCACAGCUUGUCUUUUCCCGCGACUUCCUGCUCAGAAUCUGACAAUACACAUGUUACCCAUUACUUGGCUCUCGACAGACGUAAAUGCCCAAGUCAGUGGAGUGAAAGCAGUCCCAACAGAAACCUCAUCACCACACUAAGCAUCAGUCCGAAAAGCAGAUACGACACAGAACCAAAUAAUUUCCAGAAAGACUUAACCAGGAGCGAUAAAACUCACAAAAAGAAGACACAAGACGUGAUUUUAGAAAACGCUGCAAGUGGCUGGCUGUCGACGAAAGCAGGGAGAAAGAAGCGAUGUCCUUACAGCAAACACCAAAUCUUAGAGCUGGAAAAAGAUUUCCUCUUCAACAUGUACCUGACUCGCGAGCGCCGCCUGGAGAUAAACCGGAGCGUAAAUCUCACCGACCGCCAGGUUAAAAUCUGGUUCCAGAAUCGCAGGAUGAAACAGUAAAAAAUGACGAGAGAGCAUAGCACAAGGGACCCUGGCAACAAUUUCACUCUCUAGUAUGCUCUGUAAGAGUGCAAGAGAAGGCCGAACUAUGCGCACAUGUCAUUGCAGCCAUCAUCAGUUUCAAGUGGAAUGAUGCAACUACCUGUGAUGGAUUAACGAGAGGAAACAUUCAGUCAAAUUUUGCUGCGAUAAAUCAACCAGUGCCUCGCAUGAAGAACAGAAUAUCGUCAUAAGAAUAUACCCUGUUUGGCUAUUCAGUGUAAGCUAACCAUACUAACACCAGCCUAUGAGCAUUUUAUUUACUGACGUAGCCUAAUUUAAGUUCUGGCGACGCUUUUUAAAGACUUGACAUUUUUACAUUUUCGAUAUCUGACCCAUAUUUUGUCAUUAUUUGAGGAUGAUUGUUUACAGGCUAUGAGUGUUACAGUGACUGUGGUAUAUCAGACAGGGCCUAUGCUUUUAUAUUUUAAAUAAUAUAUAAAUGACAUUCUAACAUCCCAAGUAAAUAAUAUAUCUUAAAGUAAAUCAGUUUUCAGAGGAACGAAUUUUAAAUAUGAAAUAAGGCAGUAAAGUACAUGUAUUAUUAUUUUGAAAUGUUGUUUGUUGUCUGGCCUUAAUAUUGGCGAAGGUUGAACGCACUAACCUACCUUCUCUGACUAAUUACUGUAUUUGAAAAGAAGUGCGUUUUAAAUAAAAUAUUGUUCUACGUGAUAAUGUAAUGUUUAUUCGGUGUAGAACGUGACGACGUUGAAACUAUCAGAACUGCCAAUGUGAAUUACUAUAAUUAUGUCUUAUAUCUGCAGUAUUUGAUUUUAUGCGAAACGUCUUUUUGUAGUAUGUUUGCAUUGGA